AUGGGCUUCACCACUGGAUUCACCGGCGGUGUGACCGUAACCCUAGGCGUAGCCUACCUCACAGUCCUCGCCCACCAACGCAACCGCGAAAGCCAGUCCCACACCCUCCGCACCCAACACCACGUCCUCUCCUCCCUCCUCGAGCCCCAAAUCCGCAUCCCUCCGCCCCUGACCCGCGCCGAACAGGCCGUCAAGGACCGCGAGACGCUCCUCACCUCUGCCAAAGACCGUUGGAACCGCGAGGUAGAGAACGCCGUUCGCUGGGCGCAGCGCACCGACUGGGGCGAGGUGCGCGAGGGUCUCGAGAGCGGCGCCGCGCGCUUCUGGGGCGGCACCAUUGAAAAGGCCGGCGAGGCGGAGCAGGCCGUCGAGAAGAGCGCCGUCCCGCUGGCCAAGGAGGCUUCGGCCAAGGGCGCUGCCGCUGCGGAGGCGACCGGCGCGGAGGUCAAGAAGGAGGCGCGCAGCGCGUGGGAGCGCGCGAGGGAAAAGAGCCUCGCUGCCGAGGAGGCUGCGCGCGCCAAGGCCGCCGAGGCGAAGAAGCUCCUCGACGCGAAAGCCGCCGAGGCCAAGAAGGUUGUCGACAGCAAGGCCGCCGAGGUCAAGGCCGUCGUCGGCGACGUGGUGGACAAAGGACGGCAGCAAGGGGAGGCGGUGCUCGUGGCGGCGAAGCAGGCGGUGGGCGUGGCCGAGGACAAGGUCAGCAUCAAGGCCGACGGCGCGGUGGCGCCCGCGACGACGCCGGUACAGAAGGCGCUGCACCAGCGGUACGAGAAGCCGAGCGGGUUGACCAAAAGCGUCAAGGAGGUGCUGGCGGAGCGGUACCGCAAGAUGGACGAGCAGGAUAAUACGCAGCUUCGGGGUAUUUGA